GCCUGCGCAGAGGCCGCUGCCGGCGGCGCUGCCUGGUAAUGGCGCACCGCGCGGGCGGGCGGGCGCUCUGCCUGCUGCGCGGCCGCCUGCGCCUCCCCGGGCCGGCCCGCCUCGGCUCCUCCGGCGCCGCGGUGCAGAGGGCGCCGCAGGCAGCCGGCGCCGAGGAGGCGGGAGAAGAUGCUGGAAUCAGUGCCAGAAAGAAGACAUUCACAGAGGUCCAAACAGAACGAUUGGAGCAAGCAGAACAGACGGUUUUAAUUAAGUGCCCGCCAAAAAUUAAUGAAAAAAAAUUAUUGCAAUAUUUAUCCAGUCAUGGAAACAUUAAGAGUCAUUUCUUUUUUGAAAAUCAUGGUAUCCAUGCUUUAGUAGAAUUUUCGGAAAAGAACAGUAUAGCCUCACUGCAGGAUGCUAUUGGAAUCCCAAGUACUGCAGAGCAUUAUGUUGUCCCAUUUAAAUCUAGACUUUUUACUUUCAAGUUGAAAAACCCAGUGAGUCAAGCUGCUGAAGAGACACCUGUUCAUCUCUCUCCUCAGUCUCACAUUCCAGUGAACGAGCUUAUUCAAAAGCUUUGUUGUGCAGACAGUAUAAGCACUCAGAUGUACAUUCUACUGAAUGAGUAUCAGCUUACAGAAGAAAAUAUCAAGCUCCGAUUUCUGGCCUGUUCUCUGGUUCGGGAUUUUGCACGUGCGUUUUUUCCAGACAGCACAGUAAAGCCAUUUGGCUCUUCAGUCAACACCUUUGGCAAAUUGGGAUGUGAUGUGGACAUGUUUCUGGACUUCCAUGAUAUACAAAAGCACGCUACAAUGAUGAAAAAAGGUCCCUUUGAAAUGGAGUAUCAGAUGAAAAGAUUACCAUCUGAAAGAUUAGCAACUCAGAAAAUUCUUUCUGUGAUUGGUGAUUGCCUUGAUAAUUUUGGUCCUGGGUGUUCGAGUGUACAGAAGAUACUGCAUGCUCGCUGCCCGCUGGUGAAAUUUUCCCAUCAACCAACAGGAUUCCAGUGUGAUCUGUCAGUGAGCAACAGCAUUGCUAUAAGAAGUUCAGAACUCUUGUAUAUCUAUGGCUGUCUGGAUUCCCGUGUGAGAGCACUGGUGUUCAGCGUACGAUGUUGGGCCCGUGUUCAUGGACUGACAAAUAGUGUUCCUGGUACCUGGAUUACAAACUUCUCUCUGACCAUGAUGGUCAUGUUUUUUCUGCAAAAGAGAUCUCCACCUAUCAUUCCAACACUAAACCAACUUAAAGAAUUGGCAGGUGAAAAAGACAAGCAUGUAAUUGGAGGAUAUGAUUGCUCAUUUGUUAGUGAUUUAAGCAAGAUUAAACCUACAAAAAAUACAGAAACACUUGAUGUAUUAUUGGGUGACUUUUUUGAGUAUUUUGGAAACUUUGAUUUUAGAAAGAAUUCCAUAAAUCUUCGAAAGGGAAAGGAAGUAAAUAAACCUGAGUCGUCUCCUCUUUAUAUCUGGAAUCCCUUUGAACAAGACCUUAAUAUCAGCAAGAAUGUUAAUCAGCCGCAGCUGGAGAAAUUUGUAGCUAUGGCCAGAGAAAGUGCCUGGAUUUUACAGAAGGAAGAUAAAACUCAGCGAAAGAUCAAUAAAGAGCCUUGGGGACUGGCAGCCAUACUGAUACCAUUUGGAAAAAGUAAUCCCAGCAAGAUGAAAAAUAGGAUGAAAGGAAUAGGAAGUGAAACAAUCAGAAGCCUCUUGGACUCUUUAAAGUUAAAUACUGCAAACACUGUACAGAAAGCAGCAGGAAAGUGACUUUCAGCAAAGAAACACGGUAGCUGAUACUCUGUUUUAGGAAUUGAAUGUGACAGUCUGAAGAACAUUACUUCUGGUAUUUCUGUUGUGGCGAAACAAGAGUCAAAUGACCUCUGUUUUCCAUCGUUAUGCUUUUUGUACAGGUCUGCUUUCUUUCUGUACAUUUUUUUCCUCCUUACUCUUCACUUUUUUCCAUCUGUUGUAUGAAUGAAGAGCAUUCAAAUUCAAGUUUUACAAUACAUUUUGGAAGUACCCUUCAGUUGGGCAUGGUUUUAAAAAAGAAGUCUUGACAGGAGAGGCAUGGGAAAAAAUUGCCUUUGGGAAUUCUGUUGGCUAACAUACAAAUGAUAUGCUAGGCAAAAGUUCAAGAAGCAACCACCUUUCAGUGAAACCACAGUUUGAAAGAAGAUGAAUGUAUUAAAACUAUUGCUUCCAAUCCAGUUGUGUUCUGGAAGUCAGUAAAACCAAAGCACAUGUAUAUUUUUUUGCAGUUGUUUUCCAUACACAUAGAUAGUGCCGAGACAAAAUAAAGAUAAUGGAAUUAGA